CAGCGCUCCGACCUCCGGGCUGCAGGCUCUAGAAGAUCUCCUUCUCUCCUCUUCCUCCUCCAGAAGAAGAUCUCCACCCCGACCAGACGACCCCGCCAGAGGAGCGCUGAUCUCCUCCCAGACACCAGCGCUACUCACUGCCUUCAGGAACCCUCUCCACUCCGGAUCCAGCCCCGCACGGUCCACCGAGCCCCGCCAGAACCAUGUCCGCCCCCGCCGGAGCCCCCGGAGCAGAUGGAGCCAACCAGCCGCCCAACCUCACCAGCAACCGCCGCCUGCAGCAGACCCAGGCCCAGGUGGACGAGGUGGUGGACAUCAUGCGUGUGAACGUGGACAAGGUGCUGGAGCGUGACCAGAAGCUGUCUGAGCUGGACGACCGGGCCGACGCCCUGCAGGCCGGGGCCUCCCAGUUCGAGACCAGCGCCGCCAAGCUCAAGAACAAGUACUGGUGGAAGAACGCCAAGAUGAUGAUUAUUCUGGGUGUGAUUUGCCUGAUUGUCGUCAUCGUCAUUAUUGUGUACUUCAGCACCUAAGAAGAGUUGUUCCUACCCCAGUCUCCACCCACGCCCUCGCAACAACAAACGUCCUCAAAUUGACGACCAAAUUAACCACUGGUGAUGAGUUUAGUUUCCAAUUCUUCCCCCUGUCCCCCUCCACGCCCACCGAUUGGUCUCGAUAUGCCCCCCCCCAC